AUGGGAAGUGUCAACAAGCAAAUCUCGCGCUUCGAAGUCACAGCGGUCUAUACCCAUCCGCAGGCCACUGCGGACAUUGUCCUGGUUCACGGCCUCAACGGCCACCCAGAGAAAACAUGGACGGCUGCCAACAGCGUGUUCUGGCCCACCGACCUGCUCCCAGCGUCUCUGGAGCUGAAAAACCAGCAUGCCAACGUCCUGGUUUACGGCUACAAUGCCGACGUCUACUCAAGGGGCACCAACACCCCUAGUAACAACUUCAUUCACCAGCACGCCCAGUCUCUGGUCACCUCGCUUACAUCGUUCCGCAAGAGUGAAGGGACCGAGAGACUGCCGAUAAUAUGGGUGGUGCACAGUUUGGGAGGUAUAGUAACCAAAAGGGCACUACUCUACUCGAAUGAUAUCCGAGCCCAUCAGCAAGAAGACCUGCGCUCAGUGUUCGUAUCUACGUACGCCAUCAUCUUCCUCGGCACCCCACACCAAGGCUCAGACUUGGCCACCUGGGGCCGCAUGCUCCAAGCCAUGUCGGACGCUGUGAUUCCCCGGCGCUUCUUUGAAACCGAAUCCGUCCUGCUCAAGUCACUCAAGAAGGACAACGAGACCCUGCAGGGAAUCAACAACCACUUCCUCGACAUCUACCAGCGUUUCAAGAUCCACAUGGUGCAUGAGAACCAUACCACGGAUUUGAGAGGAACAAGGGCGCUCGUGGUGGAUGCGAACUCGGCUAGUCCGCAGUUGCAGGGCGUGAUAUACUAUGGGAUUGAAGCGACACACUCGGGCAUGUGCAAGUUUGAUGGGCAGAACGCGCCUGGGUAUAGGAAUGUGUCAACGGCCAUUACGGAGUGGGUGGCGGUGGCUAGGGCAGUCAUUGAUAUACGCUGGGAGGCAGAGGAGGAGGAGCGGAAGAAACGUGCGGCGGAUGAGUACUAUGAGAGGAGUGUGCAGGCUAUGCAGUCCUACCAACGCUCGCAUUCGCCGGGUUAUAGCAACCAGCAGUUUCCCUCCAUCGACAAUUACAGUAAUGAGACUCUUCUACUUCAACACCACCCUCAUGGCAACCAGAGACGUCCCAAGCUCCUAACGCCUCUGCCGUCGUCUCCGUCACAAUCUGAGUUGUCCACGCGCGAGCCUACUUUGGUGUUGGAGCCGGGCGUCAUCAGCCCUAGCCAGCCCGUCGAUGGGAACAACGACGAACCCAUCACCACUACUACCACCGACAUCCAACCUCAACCACAACUUCCAGCGUCCCUUGCCCCCCAACAACCAAACUCACCUGCAGCACAAACCCACCGUCACUCCCAAACCCAAACCUCUUCCCCUGAACAACCAGAACCCCUAUUCAUCCACCCCGACUCCUUCCGGCCCAACUCCUUCUUCGUCGGCCGCGAAGACGAACUCCGCGGCCUCCACGAAAUGCUUCAAGACCGCCGCCGCCGUCUCGAAGGCACCUCCGCCGUGCUAAUCCAAUGUCUCCCCGGCGGCGGCAAGACGCAUCUAGCGCGCGAAUACGUCUAUCGCUACCGCGAUCACUACCCCGGCGGCGUGUACUGGGUGCGCGCCAAGAGCAGAGGGGAGGUGGAAUCAGGUUAUUGGAGGGUUGCCAGGAUGGAGAUUAUGCGCAGUAGUACUACUACUGAUGCCACCUCUAACGACCACGUAACAAGUUUGGGAUUGGGAUUGGAAGCCUUGAGGGAAGAUGCAAAGACCAUGGUGCAGGUAGUCAAGGCGUGGUUUAAUUCCCACAGGGACUGGUUGUUGGUGUUGGACGGGAUCCAGUUCGACAUCCCAGGCUUGUCAGAGUUCAUUCCGGAUGCACGACACACGAGUAUUAUCUAUACGAGCACGGAGAGGGCGGUUACGGGCGAUCCGAGGUUUGAUAAUCCGCAGGUUAUGGAGUUGGGAUUGUUGACUCCCAGACAAGCAGUGGAACUGCUGUUGACCGAAUUGGACCGGAAGCCUACCUCUACUGUUUCUGCCUCCUCCGCCAAUGAUGCGGGAAAUAAUGGCAACGACCGAAAACAAGGAGGGUGGAAAGAUGAAGAAGAAGAGAAACGAGCGCUGGAGUUGGUGAAUCUGAUGGGCAGGUUACCGCUCAUGAUCCAUGUCGCGGCGCAGCAUCUGAAAGCGACGAGGGAGCCGUUGGCGAGGUACUUGGCGGGGUGGAGGGCAAGUAAGCCGAAGCAGGUGGGCAACUUGCAUGCGUAUAAGAAGGUCAGGGAGCAGUUGGAUGCGAGGGGGAACGUGGCGGCGUUGAAUUUGGUGGGGGUGUUGGUUUGGUGGGAGCAGUUGGUGCCGGUUGAGAUGGUGGUUUUUGGCCUCUCAGCUUUAUCUCGUGAUACCCCCGUCAAAACCUGCGAUGCGUCCCAUAGGAAGACGACGCUCAACAACACCCUCAAAGUCCUUAUCAAGUUCGCCCUCAUCGAGCGGACCACCGAGUCCCACGACAGCAUCACACCCCUGACCCGCAGCGCUAGCACAGUCAGCUCUCGCACUUCCGCCAACCGCAGUCUCGACACUCCUGGCACGAAUCAACACCGGAAUUACAGUGACUCCUCUGAUUCGCUCGACCUCUUGCGGAUUCACUCCGUCAUCCAAGCGUUUUUCAUCGAGACGCUGGCAGAGGAAAAAACUGCGGUGGCUUGGAUCGAGAGGGCUGCGGCGGUUUGGUGUAGGUCUUUUGACGAGGCGCAUAGGCGUAUUGAGGCGUCCAAAAGAGAAGGUGGAGGGGGGCGCGAGGCGUUUCAGGGUCCAAGGGUGGGAGUGCCGGAUGAUUAUAGGAGGUACUGCAUCCAUGGGCAGAAGCUGCUGCAGAAUAUUGAGAGGUUUGGUAAUGAGAAGAGGGAUCCCCAAAGGAGGUUGGAGAAGUGGAGAUGGAUGGUAAGACAAAGGGUAGAGGAGGCUGGGAGGGGAGUGGAGGAGCUGAGUCGGCUGGAGCGGUUGAUGGGGGUUGAAGAUGUGGAGGUGGUAAGUGUGUUUGAUGGAAAUAAUAGUGGGAGCCAGGAGGGUAGUAGUAUGUCGGAAGCAGAUUCGAAUGAUACGACUGCGCCGAGUCAAGAGAGUCAAGAGGAAGGUCACGUCGGUCCGGGAAGCUGGGAGAGGGCAUUUGGGGGCGUCGCGGUAGAUGAGGGGUUCACACCGAUGGAGUCGCCUAGUAGUUACCACUUCUCGACUGCUUCGGGUCGUCGGAGGCCGUUGAACUUGACGAUGACGAUAGCAGGUCAGGCAGCUUCGGGUCUGUCCUCGUGGAGGGAGAGGGGGAUGGAAGCCACGGCGCCGUAUCCGACCGAAGGAGUGAUGCCCCCGACUCCUGGACUGGAUAACAAAAUCAGAGGUUUGCUGGAAGACGAAAGGACUGUGGUCCCGGCCGCUGUUUCGGCUUAUUAUGAACCUGUCGACGAACAACCUCACGAUGAAGUCGACCAAGCAGCCCUCACACCUAUCGUCGAAACCCCGAGUGUCUACACGGCCCUAGACGGUUUGGAGAUUCCCACGCCCGCUCUUGAAACAGGACUCUUUGAGGAGUGGAACGCCGUCGUUCCCAACCACCGCGUCAUCAAGAAGCAAGAAGCCCGUCGGUACCACGACCGCGCCGGAGCCUGGAGAGAUGUUAGGACUGUCGGCGAUCCAAGAAUGGGAGUCACGCUGGAUGUGGCUGUUGGAUCGUUGGCUGGAAAGCCCGCGACGGGUGCAGGUACAAGUGUUGUGCCUGUAUGGCCACCGCGCAGAACAAGGCGGGUGACGGCCCAGACACAGAGUGAAGCGCAGCUGGAGCUGAACAAAAUUCGACAGAAGGUCGCGGGCACGCAAGCUGUUAUUGCUCAGGCUCAGGCUCAGGCUCAGGCGGUUACUGACGGAGGUCUUGGAGGAUUCGGUGAUAGCUUGACGCCGCCAAUGCCGCCUAGGAAGAUGAGUGGAGGGGGGCUGUCUGCCGUGAGCGAUCUCUCUCCUCCUACGCCGUCAUCGAGCGGGUUGCUUUCUCCGAGUGGAUGGCUGAAGAGGUUGAGGGAGGGCCUUGGCUCGAGUGCGCAGAGUGUACCAACGGCGGUUGGUUCGACAACGCCAGGCAUGCCUCAGGGUCAGCAGCUUUCUCGGUCAGCGCCGCAGGAAGAUGAGCUUAUGAUCGUCCCUGGUCCUAUCUUUAGAGGAAGUCGAACAUCCCGCUCGAGUCCGGCUGACCUUAUCUCCUCUCCUUUUCCACCUCCUUCUUUUGCUGCUACUGCUGAUCUCGAUGAGUCUUUGGUUCGCCCGUCUCAAGCCGCCCAUCGAUUCUCCGAGCCGUCAAGUCAGGUCGAUUGGAAUCAAGACGCGGAUUAUCUCUCGCCGAUUGUGAACACUGGGAAAGUGGCUGCUGGAAGUCCUUCAUCGGGGAUGAGCAACAACAGCAAUCCCACAGUUCCCGGCACCAACCUGAAUGCAAGUGGCAUGGGCAACAGGCCUUCACCCAUGCAGCUGCAGAUGCCUCUGAUGCCCAUCAGUAUCAACGCUCCCGGGUCAGGCGCCGGUCGACUACCUCAGAAGAUCCAACAGCAGCAGCAGCAACACCGACCAGCGUCGUACACAGAAACCGAACCCUCGCCUAGGACAGAGAGUGCGUUUCCAGGUGUUGACACGAGAUAUUCGCGGUGGGACGAGAAUCAGAUGCAUGCUCAUGGCCAUCCUCAAAGUGCUUCGGCUUCCUACCAAUCUCCCACGGCCGGUGGUCAUGUCCAUCAAAAGCCGGCAACUUCCACCGGUCCCGGAAUGACGGCCACCGCAGCAUCUUCGACUUCAGCCCCCCAUCCACAACCAGCGCCCGCCAUCCUCUGGCGGAAUCUGGGCAGAGGUUUAACGAGAAGGAAGACCAAGGAGCGGAUUCAGAAUGUGCUUAGUGCUAAUAGCGGCCGAUCGCAAUCUACGAGUCCAUCUGCUUUCCCAACUAGAUUACGACGAGGGAGUGGACAGCAUUCUGGAUCAGGGCAACAUCAUCCGUUGGCGAGUUCAGCUACUUCCACCACUACUGCUGGAAGUGCAACGCAGGGCCAGGAACAUGCGGGACGUCCAGAUAUGAUGGCAUCUAUAUCGAAUAUGGGCGGACAGUUUCCCAGUACUCCCGUGUCUUCUGUUUCUGCUAUACCGUCUACUCCAGCACAACAAACCAGUAUUGGCUCACUCUCCGCGGUAGCUAGCUCACCCGUUACUCCAGGUCCUGGAUCAAUCCCCUUGCUACAGUAUCAGGAACAGCGAAGUUCAUCCUCCCCAGCUCUUGGAACGGGAGUAGGGGUAGGAGCAGGCAUCCUCCUCAGCGACGGAACCAUCUUCCAGUUUCCUAGCAGCAGCGGUGUUACAUCACCUUUCACUCCAGUGACUGAUGUCAGUAUUGGAUCCCCUAUUGUCGGUCGAACGACGGGACAAGAACAUGGUUUUCCGCCGCCUGGGUCGCCGGUAGCAAGUGGAUUAGCAUGGGAAGCGCAGCAGUCGCGUUCAAGACCUAUGGCCACGCCUAUUCAGGGAGGAAUGACAAAUGCUGCGCUUGCAAUGACACCUACUACCUCUAGCAUGGGACCGCCAACCAUGCCGCCCACGCCCCCGACCGCUACGGGUUUGGGAAUCGCCAGGAGGAAAAGAAUUGUUCAUCAGCUGACUUCUUCUUCGCCUGGGUUACAGUCUCCACACCCAAAUCCCAAUACUCGUCCUUUGAAUUCCUCAUUGCGUACGUUACCCUCUGGACCUUCGUUGGGUUCAGUGCCUCGAACACUUACUUCACCUGUGCCCUACGUUCCUGCUUCUCCCAGAGUCCCCGGUGCGAAUCCCAAUGCUGGCACCUCCAGUCCUAUACCUGGUGCUGGUAUUGCGAUUACAGCACGAGGAGGGGUUCGAGGAACAAGGACGAGAGCUAGAAGCGGAAGUAGUCCUGGACCUUGGAGGCCUUCGACAAUGGCGUCCAUGUCAAUGGGGAGUUUGCAUAGGCCUUGGAGUCGUGGACAUGGGGCGGGUGGAACUGGUUCUGCUUUGCUUUCGAGGUCUGACAGUCCGAAAGGAAUCGUUAGCCACGUCCUUUGCUUCCUGCUUUACUUCGCGGUUAUCUUCGUCCUCGUCUUUAUUCCCAUCAAGACUCUCUUCCUCCACUUUAAGCUGCCAAGCCCUUACCCUUCCCUUUCGCUCCUCUUUCAAGUCCUCUGCUUCUCUCCUGACCGACCCCUCCCAGAAGGUACCUUCAUCACUGGUCCGCUCCCAUGUAGCCUCAUCCCCAUUGUUCCCAUCAUCACCACCCCCACCCCCAAUCCAACCAUUAUCCUCUUCCUGAUCUUCAACCCAGCCAUUAUCAUCCUCCCUCACUGCCCCCUCCACUUCCUUCUCCCCCCUCUCCACAACAAGCUUCACUUCCUCCUCCCGUCUAGCUAG